AUGACCGACCCCCUCUCCAUCGCAGGCACCGCCAUCGGCGUAAUAUCCUUCGGCCUGCAAGUCCGCCAGGAAAUCACAACAUAUUGUCGAGCAUGGCGGGGCACAUAUCAAGAGAUUCAAGAUGUGGCGAACAAGGCCGACGGACUGGAAGCGCCGCUGCAGACGCUCCGAGAAAUAAUCAAGGACAUGAAGGUGACCGACCCGGAUAUCGCGAACGAUCUCCGCGAGAAACUCGGCACUCUCCGCGAAGGCAUCCAGCGCGUGCAUGCGUCCAUUGAGAAGUGGAAGCCGGAUAGAGAUCCGGAUGGGUUCGCGGACAAGAUUCGUGCGCAAGCGAAGAGAGCAGUUUAUCCGUUUCGAAAGGAUGUGUUGCGCGAUUUGGCGAGGGAGUUGGAUGGGAUUCAGGUUGGUUUGCAUACUACUUUGCAUGUAUUUUCGGCACAGAAUACGCGUCUGAUUCCAUCGUUGAUGGUGAUGCAGACCAAAUUACUCCGUGAGGUCCAGGAAAUGCAUCUGGAACUACAGCACACUUCCAAGGCGUCACCUCCGCCGCCAGAGUUACUCCAAUCCUGGUGCAAACAAUCGGAGAUUGUCGUCCCUGGCCAUCAAUCACAGCAGACCAAGAAGUACAGCUAUCACAGUCGUCUCUUGGGUCUUACCAUCGCGGCGUCUUUCUCGCUGACGAGAGGUGCCGGGGGUUUCUCCAUUGCUCCCACUCUGACCUUCCAGGUGCCCAUGUCCCCAAACAGUCCCGGGUUUCGGACGCUCUAUUUAUAUGGCUUUAUGGGAAAGUCUCAGCCUCCGGCCCAGUUCGUGGACAAUACAAUCGAGCUGCUGAAGUAUCUCUUCGUGGAGCGGGUAGUAUCGCCUUCAGAUAUGACCGUGAACGGAGGGUCUCUCCUGGACGCGGCUUGUUUCGCCUUUUAUUCCUGUUCCAGUUGGCACGCCAAUGCUUAUGCUGAGUUCUCGCGGUUGUUCAUGUUCUUGCUCAAUAACGGGGCCUUGCCGGACACAUCGCACACCCGAGCCAGAACCGGCUUGGACAGCUUUGUCGGGGCUGGUGCGCUCGGCGAGGAGGAGUUUCAGUUGCUUUCGCUUUUGAUCCAGCGUGGCGGGUUUUUGACAAUUGAGGCAGUCUUUGGAUCCUCGUUGAGUAAAGCCAAUGUGCGCCGCGUACUCUCUGAGAAUGAGGAAGCGGUCGCCAUUCCUGACAUUGCGAAAUUUAUCAUUGAAGAGUCCGCCGAAGACUUACGGAAUGUGCUCCGAUCAGGCGAAGCGUCGGCCAACGAUUGUAUCGGGAGCACAACGCCAGUUCGGCUCGCUGUCGGCUGGAGUAAAGGCUUACAAAUCCUUGUGGAAGCAGGAGCUGAUCUGAACAUGAAGCUCAACGAUUUGUCCCCACUGGGGAUAGCAAUUCGUGGAGGCCACUACCAGUCGGCCAAGGUACUGCUUCAAGCGGGCUGCUCAUUAAGUCUGGACGACAUAUGCCGAAAUGAAUCAGUCGAUGACCCGGACGACAUGAGCUCGCUUCUUAUCUCUGAACUCGCAUCCCGGCGCAAAAGAUUGCUGAAACUCGCACAAGCCCACAUGUCUCCAGAACAGCUUCUCCAAAUUGGCGUGGGAAAUGAUUCUUCGGUUCCCGACGCCAGCGCAUCACGCAUGUACGCCGCGCUGGUUGCCCAAGGCGCACGCGUUGAUCCAUCCCUCAAAGUCUCCGGGCCUCCAUGCUCGGUAUAUCAUAGCAUCUAUAUGCGGACCCGCACCCUGGAUCUUCUGUACAAAGCGGGCUUCGACAAUGUUGAAUUGUGCGACUCUUUGGGUCGAACACCCCUGAUGAUCAUCGAUAAACGUACCGCAUUCGCACAGAGAAGAGCCAGAUGGCUUAUUCGCAAAGGUGCGGACCCCAAUCGGAUAGCCCCUGGGACCAGUGCGACAGUCUUCCACCUCCUGGGUACCUGCUUACCCAGCACAUUGUAUCCGGAAGUCCUGCAACCGUUUAUUUUGAAUUUUCAAACUUAUGAUUCUGAAAGGAAACACGAGAAUCCUCUUCAAUUCUUUGACUUCAUCUUCCAAGCGCCGAAUCGAGACAAAUGUGUCUGCGCUUGCUCGCCAGGCGGAUGUACGCCUUUCUCCGUGGCGGUACGCCGGCUCCUUCAGAAUCCACCCCGAUACUACCAGAGGGGUGGUGCCAAUCGAUUUCCGGAUCACCUUGACUUCUUCAUCAGCCGGACUGACCGCAGUGAGGAGGUCGAUCGGGCUGUCAUCCGGCUCAUGACGUUUGACGCACUUGACCUGAAACAUACCUGUUGUCGCAGAAGCGAUAGCAUGACGAGGGAUGACACAAUUGUGUAUCUGGAGGAGGUCGAAGUGGACGAGAUUCGCGACGAAGAGCAACUGUUGCUAGAGGAUUUUGAACGCCUCUGUACUGAACUCACGGCCGAGCACGUGGAGCUCUGCCUUCCCAUCAUGGAAUUUUUGCAGGUCCCCUGGCAUAAACGCAUCCUGGAAUAUCUAUCCCACCUGGACCCCUACGACGAGGAGCAUGUGCGAGAAACUCGAGGCAUUGGGUUGAAUAUCGAGAUAGGAGAACGCGUGCCGGAUCGAGUGUCUCUCCUUGUGGGCUCGAUAGGAUGA